AUGCCCGGCGUCAUCAUGGACAAUGCCAAUAUCGAUGGACCUAUCCAGCGCCCUGGCAUCGCUGAUGCUAUGAAUGGUGCAUCAACCUCAACUGAGAAGACUGUCAAUUUUUCCAGCCCCGUUAAUGGACCGGUUCACGUCAACGGGGCCUCAAUCGAUCUUUCAAAUCGGCAAUCGAAAGCGACAUCGGCAGAGCCCUUUGAAAUACCACACAUCACGCAAGGGUUUUUCUCAUUUGGUAUAUUAGUCAACCGAGCGACGCAGCAAUGCUGGAAUGACCUAUCCGAAUUAAUAACAGAGUUGGCUGCCGUUCAAGUGACUCCCCAAGAAUCUUCAACGUCUCUGGCUACUACACAUGGCAAAUCUCCAGGGAAUCAGUCGUCGGAAAAUGUGCACAAGAAACUACGCGUCUUGGAUUUCGCCCAUGCCAAGAGAGCCGAGUUUAUCAAACUCCUUGUUCUCUCGCAAUGGAGUCGUCAGGCAGUAGAUGUCAGCCGACUCAUUGACCUCCAGGGCUUUAUUCGGACUCGACAUCAAGCAUAUGCUGCUGCUGUCCAAUAUGUGGGUGAAAUGAAACGGGACCUCGUUCGAGCGCAAGUGGCCAACCCCGAUCUGAAAACCGCCUUGGAAGUUCUCUCGAAAGGCCGAGUGAAAUCCUUACCGGAUCUUGGCUAUAAACCUCCGAAGCCGCUGACGGCACGCGCCACGCUUAAAAAGCUGCAAAAAAUCAAUCGAAUAAUCAGUAUACGCCUAGCAUUGCAUGAUGAAGUCCCGAUCCCUUUGCGGAACUAUCGAGUCCACGAUGGUCGAGUUACUUUCACUGUUUUCGGGGAGUUUGAGCUCGACCUCUCGGUCGCGGAGGAGGCAAAAAGCUCUCAGUUUUUCUUUGUUGACAUCCGCUUUCUGUUCUCACCAUCAUCCCCAAUUCCAAAAGGCCGGAUUUUCAACGAGCUGGAUGCCAAAAUUAACGACAUUCUCCGAGAUGACGGUUUGACCGGAUGCUUUGACAUGCUACACGGCCUUGUGCUCACAAACAAAGUCAGCAUCCUUUUCAGACAAGCAAAAGACCUUGCUCGCGGCCUUUGGUCGGACAUCCUGCGCAUUGAACUUCUCCAUCGAACGCUUGUCGUCCAAUAUUGGCCACUGAAAACGGGGCCUAAAAGCUGGAUCGAGAUCGGGGUCCAGAGAGGUCACCGCAGUAACGAUGUUAAGCGUCGGGAUUGCAGGAUAGCGCGUAUCGGUUUGCGCUGGAUGCGAGAUGGUCAGCAAGCAAGCAGUGAUGAUAUCCAGGUUGAUCUGGAGGUUCUUUCCAUGGAGCGUAUUUUGCGCGGCGUGAUCGCACAACAUACAGCCCACUUACUUUUUACCGCUUACACCACACUCAAGAAAAACCUUCUCUUCUCGAAUCAUUCCCUUACCUUGCGGGCCCAGCUAUCUCAAUCAGAGCCUGGAGAUUGCCAUCUCGAUGUCCAACUUACAACUUCUCGCCAUCUUCGAGUCUCUGUGGAGCCCAUGUCAGGCGCCAUUACAAUGUCCGGGACACCUAAUGUCAUGGAGCGGCUUGAAGCCGAUCGGAGUCCGAAUAGGUCCUCAGCUGAUGAGAUCGUAUCUCGGAUCUCAAGGCUUCGUUGUAUUGCUGCUGUUGAAGAAAUCGAAGCCGGCACAAAAGCGCUUGGUCUGGAGACUGUCAGUCAAAGAGGUCUGGGAGUUGACCCGCGCCGAAUAUUUCCUUCAAACAUAUUGCGAUCUACCUUCUUCACGCACUACCUCUGGGAUCGUCGUUGGGUUGCCGCUGCUACAAGUAGCAUGGAUGGUGAUCAUUGGUGGUUGGUUCAGGUUCGGCCCGGUAGGACAGUGAAAACUGCACCACCGUACGGCCCUGUUGGCCAUAAUGCUUCGAGUCUCCAGUCGGUCCACAAAAUCAGCAAUACUCUGGUCUCUCGGGGGCGACUUGAGUACGCUGCGCUUGCAGAUCUAGUGCAUGCUUUGACAGGAAUGCUUUCAAUUUACGCCAAUGCACGCUGUCUAGCAAUUUUGCCGAGUAUGGACUUUCAUCCAUCGUUGGAAAAUCUGCACCUUGGAACUCAAUUUGAAGUGCCCGAUCUCUUCUUCCGCUACAAUGUCGCCCAGCUUCCUUCUGCUCUCCGGAUAGCACUGCCUGCAGGGCUGGAGAGGAAAUCCUACAUACAAGACACUGUUCGUCUGGCAUUCCAUGGAACUGAUCGCCAUAAUCGAGCUGCUCUCCUGGUGGCAUACGGCACUCUGAGAGGCCGCAUCAAGGCCAUUGUUCCACUUAUCUCGAAGAUGGAUCCUUCAAUCAUUACUCAGGACAAUGGCGGUGGUUUUGCACUUCGUCUACUUGUUCCUGCCGGUCACUCUGUGAUCGCUGGACUUCUUGAACGCCUGCAAAGACUGGAAUGCGUACUCUCGAUUCUGCAGCCACUUAUACAGAGAGGAAUGGAGCCUCGUUCCUUGUCCUUGUCAAGGAUUGCAUUUGCGUAUGGGCCAGCAGGAAAACUCAAUGCGCGCUUUGACAUCAACGUCUCAGGCCCCUCUCUGGCGAUGCAAGUUGAUGUCGCGGAAGCAUUAUCCAAGGCCCAGCCCCUCUUUCAUCUACGCCUGGGCAUCCAUUUUGACGAACCCAGCCCUCAUCGCCGGAUCCAGGAGUCCCUUACCGUCUCUUUGAACCAUGAUUUCGCAAAGACGGGCGUGGUUCCGAUUCUGAGACUCAUGUCUGUCACACUUCCUCUGUUGCGUGCCUUGGAUCAGAUUACCUCCACUGGCCAACCGGGUUCUCCGGUGGUGAACGUCAUUGUGCGCAGUCCGAGCACAUUUCAAAUUCGCUAUCCUCGCCUCAAGGCUCAGUUCCAACUGUUUCCCCACCUGAAUCGGGGUCAUCUUAAGUGGGGAUUGAGAAAUGCGAACCGAUCAAAACCGGCCGAUGAUAAUUCAGUUGCAAGCACGAUCCGCGAGAAGCUUUAUAAUUCCAAGGGCGAUGGCUGGAACGGUCUUGGCGAUGGAGCGGUGGCAGACAUGGGUAAAGUGGGAGUUCUCCUUGUGGAGCUCAACAAUGUCGCUCGCCAACUUGAGCUCAGCGGAGCAUCUCUAGAGGAAGGUGACAAGGACCAGUCAGGCAUUGCACAGUCGACCGCAAAAGAGCAACACCCUGCCGAGGACAGCGUGGGAGCUCGUGCUCCUCCAGGAAAGGCGCCUGGUGCGCAUGCCAACCAGGAUCCUAAGCUCCACGCUGGCGGAAUGGGUAACGCCGACAUCAUCACGAUUGAUUAG